CGCCGUCGGCACCGGAGCGCCCCGCUUACACCGGUCCUCGAACCUUCACCGUCCUGGUUUCUUUUUUUUGCUGGUGCUGGUGGUGGUGGGUUUGAGGAGGGUGUGCCGGUGGGUUAUCAGGACGAUGCCAUCCGGGGGGUUCGAACCCCGCGCUCCCCCGCGCGCGUUCUCGCGUAGCGAGGUCGCGCAGAGCCGCGCCGCGGGGUCCUGCUGGCUCCUCCGCGGCCGGAGGGUCUACGACGUCGGCGCCUUCCUCCGGAGGCACCCCGGCGGGGCGGAGGAGCUGCUGCGCCGGGCAGGGAGCGACGUGGGCCCGCAGAUGGACGGCCCCCCGCACCGGCACUCGGAGAACGCCCGGAGGUGGAUGGAGCAGUACUACAUCGGGGAUCUGAGCCCGGAACCUGCUGAGGAGGAGGAGGAGGAGGAGGAGGGAGGCGAGGACUCGCAGGUCCCGAGGGAGCGGCGGAAGAGUCCGGAAGAGCCGUCGGCCGCCAGCCGGUGCAGCAAGGUGGACCCCGAAACGGACCUGGUGGACUGGGGGAAGCCGUUAGCGUGGCAGGUGGGCCACCUGGGCGAGCGCUACGACGCCUGGGUGCACCAGCCCGUCGACCGGCCAAUCCGGCUCUUCCAUUCGCCGCUGGCCGAGGCCAGCACCAAGACGGCCUGGUACAUGGUUCCCAUCGUCUGGCUGCCGCUGGUUUUCUACCUGAGCUGGAGCUGCUGCACGACGCUGUCGCUAGGGGAGACCAGAGUGUUCCUGACACGAGAUCUCUCCGUCCCGCUGCCCCCCUCCUCCUUCCCUCCCCUCUUCCUCCUGGGCGCGGGGGCGUGGUCGCUGCUGGAGUACCUGAUCCACCGCUUCCUGUUCCACAUGCGGCCGCCGGCGCGCAGCUAUGGCCUGACCACCCUGCACUUUCUGCUGCACGGACAGCACCACAAGUCGCCGUUCGACGGCUCCCGCCUGGUGUUCCCGCCGGCGCUGGCGGCGCCCGUGGUGGGCGCCUUCUACCUGCUGGCCCGCCGCCUGCUGCCGGAGGGCGUGGGGCUCGCGCUCUUCGCCGGCGGCCUGUGCGGCUACGUCGCGUACGACAUGGUGCACUACUACCUGCACUACGGCUCGCCGCGCGCGGGGAGCUACCUGCACGGGCUAAAGGCGCACCACGUCAAGCACCACUUCCAGCACCAGCGGGCGGGGUUCGGCAUCACCACCACCUUCUGGGAUCACCCGUUCGGGACCACGAUCCCCGAGGAGACCUUCGAGAAGAGCCAAUGAGGAGACGACCCCGCCCCCCGACCCCGACUCCGCCCCUCUCCCUGAAACCACCGCCGUCCAAUCCCGUCCCGCUUCCUGGC